AGCAUCACCAUCAGUGCCCGAAAGAGCACCUACUAGAUAGCUAGCUAUCGCCUCCGCACACAACUUUGUCAGUUGACUCAACAACGUCAUCCACCAAGGAGACACGUAGACCUACGUAGACCUCGUCUGUCUCUUCGUCGUCGGAAGUUUAUCUAACGAGUUCGUCGGCCAGAAGUGCUACUUCGCAUCAUCCGUUCUGCCCAAGCAACCGUCAAAAAAACACACAGCAAACAUGAUUCGCAGCAGUGUGAUGGGACCCACCAUGUUCCUGGUCGUCCUCCUCCUGGUCGCGACCCACCAAACCUCGGCUUGGUCCGUCGAUGGCCUCGCCAGGAUAGAGAAGCUCUUAUCCACGUCGUCCUCGGCUUCCGCCGUCUCUCCCACGAGAGGCCAGGGCCUCAACCUGAAGAAAAGGGCCAUCCUCGACCAAUCCUGCAAAGGGAUCUUCGACCGCGAGCUCUUCAAGAAGCUCGACCGCGUGUGCGACGAUUGUUACAACCUCUACAGGAAGCCAUACGUCGCCAUCGACUGCAGAAAAGACUGUUUUGGUACUAAAACUUUUGGUCAUUGCGUGGAAGAUUUGCUAUUAGACCAAACUCAUUAUAAAGAGUUAAGAGACCACGUCGCCCUGUUCUGACCUGGAGGAAUAUAAUAUGAAGGGAGGGCUGCUACCAGAACUUGGUUUUCCGACAGUGCAUUCAGGACCUCCAGCUGAUGGACCAGCUCGACGAGUACGCCAACGCUGUUCAGGUCGUUGGGAAGUAGAUCCCACCUCACCGAGUACAUCCUAGAAGUGCAUGCAGCUUUUCGAAUGCGCGGGAUUGUGGCUGCUAGACCUAUAAUCGUUUCUCUCUCUCCCCGGAAGCCUUAAAAGAACAACAAACCUUCCUCUUUUCAUUUAGCUACAUCAGAGGUCCCAAGCUAGUCAAAGUCUUCUUUAUUAUCUCAGUGCCUCUCAUCUGCCACUUUAUUCUGCAAUGUUGUUCUCUCGUCUUUCCUCGUUGAUUCGCCUGCAUUUUAUUUUCGCGUCUUACUAUCCUUCCGGAUAGGAUGCGACAGGGAAGUCAAAAUACAUUCCAAAGAAAAGAUGGCCCUUCUGUCAACGGCAGCUUCGUCCUUCAAAAAAAAAUCAAAACUUCACUUGACGCGUGUCCACAUGUACAUGAGCCGCGAGUUAUAAGAAAACCUUAGGCAUAAGUUAGCUUGUAAGAGUAUUUAUUGAAUUUCUUGUGUCUGUUUGUUUACCUGUUAUUAUGUGCCUGUUUGAUUGAGACUCUCUCUCUCUCUCACGAAAACGUACGUGGUGUUUUCCCUUUUUGCGUGAGUAGCUUGAUUUUUCGAGUCAUUUGGAAAAAUUUCUAGUCAUACCAAAUGAGUUUAGUCUGUCCUGGGUAGCUGCGUUUUCUAUGAUGUCGUAAAUUUCCUAUCGCUGUUAUGUAACGUUUUCUUUAUUAGUCACUGACGAAGGAUCAUUGCCAUGAAUCCGUAUUUGUCACUGGCUGGUUACGAUUAGGUUAAAGUUUUUCAAAUUUAUAUUGUACCGCAAACAAUCUCUUAUUCGCAUUUCCAAAUUGUCAACCGGUAAACAAAAUACGUAUUAAUUUUUUUGAUAAACUCUCUACAGUAGCAUUUAUAUAUCUUUCUGUUAAAUUUCAAAAUACAUCAAUAUGUUGCGCACGCAUUUCACGAUUCAUUUUUGCCAGUUCGCAAACUUAUCAUUCAACAAGUUUUGCAGCAUCACAUAAAGUCAUAAUUUUAACGCGACAGAAUUCAAAAUUUUAAAAAAUAGUAUAUUUAGAUAUUUGUUCAGUUAUGGGGAGGAAAGAACCUUAUUCGUGGCGUUUGUGAAACAUAGUCAAUUGUGAUAUAUAACAAUUUUGCUAAGAUGCAGUAGGUCUAGAUGUCAAGCCAAAGAUUAAGUGUAAGGAUGAGAAUAUAACAUAUGGUAAAUACAUUCCUGUGUUAAUAUCAUUUAUCACAUCUCUCUAAUUAUUGUCAUUGGUUUUCUCGCAAAUAUAUCAACUGAAUCAUUCCAA